UAUAUUGUUUUGAAACAUCUAUAACAACGUUCUAAUCAUUUCUGUUCGAAGCUCAAGUCAGACGCAUACGCCGUUUUAACGUGGCUAACACAAAUAAGGUGCACAAAACAAGAGCUAUGUGGAAGCUAUAGACAGAAGCCAUCUGCCAACCAACUAUUUGUUCGUUUGUAUCAACUUAAUUAUAAAGAGGGAUUUUAUUGCAUCUUACCUGUGCAUUGAAAAGAUCCGACCACUCUCGGAAAGCAAUUGGACACUAGAAGCUCUAGGUUUUCAAAGAGUUGAAAUAUCUCGGUGUUUGGAUAAUCACAGCUCUAGGUUUUCAAAGAGUUGAAAUAUCUCGGUGUUUGGAUAAUCACUUUCUCUUCUCGUUUGAGCGUCACACUGUGACAAACCUUUUAUUCGUGGCAGCAACAUGGUCUGGGACACUCUUUCUUUAGGAAAAACGCUCGGAAGAACCACAACUAACAAGAAUUGAUGACAGCUGAGGAAGUCCUGCAGAAAAAACUCACCCACUAGAAGAAAAAUACUGACGGGAUAUCCUUCUGAUGUAUGAUACACCAUCGCUAAAGACUGCUCAAAUACCAUAGUCAGUUGCUCUGUGGCUUAUCUCUCAACAACGUUUGCUUAUUCUAUCGUCUUGAACUGAAAAAUUCAUUAACAAAUAUGAAAUCACUGACUAUUAUUGUCACGGCUGUGUUGCUGUGUUACAAAAUACACACCGUCGAAAGUGAACCUCGUUUCACGAACGAACCAACGGAUUAUCGCGGUUUGAUGAACAAUUUCAGGGGCUUACGAAGCACGGUAGUGGGGGCAAUAGAUCCAAAGUAUCAAUGGUAUCACAAUGGAAGCAAAAUCGACGUGAUUACGAUGGUGCCAGUAGGUUCCAUAUUAUUACCCCUACAAAAAUCAAUAGCAAUGCAAGGAGUAUACCAGUUGUUCGUUACAGCACGAAUAGGAAAGUUUUUUGGACGUGAAAUUAAAGUGGAGUUCAUGGUUGCUGGCAGCUUUUUCGACGACAACGAUCAAACACUUAAUGUUACUGUCGGACAACAACUAACAAUAGAUUGUCCACCUCAUGGCUACACCAAGUACGCCAUUUACAAAUGGGGUGGCCUCACUGCUUUGGGGACAUGGCUCUUUUCCGACGUCGAGAACGCAUUGGUCAUGGGAGAUGGUAGAUUGUUUUUUUCUCACGUCACCAAAGCUAAUCUAGCAUUCAUUAAACAAAAGCAUGGCAUAAGAUGCCUGGUCGAAGCUAACGAAGGCGGCUCAAGCUUUAACUUUCAAAAGUCUGGAGUUUUUAGAUUCAAAACUACAGGAGAGAACAUCACCUCGUUUGGUCCUGACGUUCAAAAAAUCCCAAACCAAGAAGUUGCCCGGGGAGAUACAGUAAAAUUAAGAUGUGUUGCCGCUGGAUAUCCAACUCCAAAGUAUCGUUGGGAGAAGACGGAUUUGCAGGGUAAAAAGAGCCAAGUGUUUCAUCAAAUUGACGGCGUCGAUCUUUUGGAAUACAACAGAGUAUUGUUGAUUGAAAACGUGAAGUCUCGCAACGCGGGAAAUUACACGUGUCACGUGACCAUUGACGAAAAUAAUAUCAAGAGAACUGCGUCAGAAGAAACAAAAGUUGUCGUUAGAGAACCGCCUACGUUUGUCAAAACAAUAGUCAGCAGUACGCCGAACAUUUUUUCUCGGCAUACUUGGAGUUGUUUGACCAAAGGUGAUCCGGAGCCAACGCUCCAAUGGUAUGCCAAUACAACCGCUAUGAGCAAUGUGAGCAACCGUUACACCAUCGAAAACGGAACACUAACGAUUCAUAGUGUUGAACCCAGUGAUAACGGAAUGUAUCAAUGUGUUGCGAAGAAUGCUUUUGGUUUUGCAUAUCAGACAGUGUCGCUUCAAGUUCAAGUGAAGCCUCCAGAUAUCACAUCAGAUUUGAAAGCAAAGGAUUUUACUGUGGGUGACACUGGUCAGAUCUCGUGUAUAUCGGAAGCCAUUCCGCGAGCAAAACAUGAUUGGUUUUUCAAAGGAGAAAAGUUGGAAAUAAACAAAACGACAAAAUAUGAUCUCAAAGAUGAUCAAGACUUGCUCGUGCAUAAUCUAUCCCACAACGACAGCGGGAUCUAUGCUUGUAUUGCGAGUAAUAUGUUUGGCAGUGUCAGUAAAGACAGGUUUAUUAAAGUCGCGGAAAUUGUUUUCAUCAAGCGACCAGAAAACAAGACUGAUGUGAUGGAUGGAGAAAGUUUCUCAUUGCUUUGCGAAGCUGAUUCCGACCCACCGUUGAACAUUCGUUACAAAUGGCUUUACAACGGAGCCGAAAUGAUGAAAAGCAAUGCAUUAUGGGAUCUAACGAACAAAAAGUUAACCAUAUCAAAUGCGAAGAGCCAUGACAGUGGCGUCUACACCUGCAUUGCCUACAGCUCAAGCUCGGAGAAAAGAUCUAGCGCAAUUGUGAUAGUCCACGGACCGCCAGAAGCCCCGGAGAAUCUACGACUUCACGGAACAUGCACAAACUUCACUGCAAACCUCACAUGGAUCAUUUCAUACCGUAAUCCAUACAAGCCCUUGACGGGAAUCCAAUUGCAGUGGGGUAUUAUAUCACAUGACACGAUUACAUGGUACAACGCAUCAGAUCACGUGCAAGGCAACGCAGAAGGCCAUAUCUUGAAAGGACUGAAACCUUACGCAGAGAUAGUAUUCCGAGCGUUUGCCGAGAACGUAGACGGACUGAGCGAGUCAAGUAAUGUCACUAAAGGACCAACGUGCAAAACUCCAGCUGAGAAGCCUUCGUUCUGUCCCAUUAUUGUGAAUGGAAGCUCAACACGUCCUCAUGACAUUAGAGUAACAUGGCAGGAAGUUCCAAAACUGCAUCAAAACGGCCCGGGAUUCGGUUAUGUAUUUCAAUACAGAAAAUCUGGUCUUCAAAUAUGGCAGCAAGAAGUUCUUCCAGUUGGCAGUGCCCCGGAGUUUACCAUCAACAAUACGGCUCCGUCAGAGUUGUGGGAAUUUCGCGUACUAACUUACAAUAGCGAAGGAACAAGUGGUGAAUGUCCUACCACGCAGGCGCGAUCGGGAGAGGACGCAAUGAUCAUCUUCACAAAACGACCUCAGAACAAGACAGAUGUGAAGAAAGGAGAAAGCUUCUCACUAGAAUGUGAAGCUUACUCCAAGCCUGAUCUACCUAUGAAAUAUAAAUGGUUUCACAAUGGAAAAGACUUGGGAAAAAGCAAUCAAACCUUAAAUGUGACUUCAUCUCAACUACAAGACAGCGGAGAAUAUAAAUGUCGAGCGUUUGUCAAGACGAACAUUUACAAUACAGGAAAAACUUCAACGGCCCUCGUCAUUGUAAACGGUCCUCCAAAUGCUCCACAAAAUUUAAACAUCAAUGGAGGAUGCCGAAACUUCACUGCUAAUCUUACUUGGACGUUAUAUCUCCACCCUUAUGACACUGUGGACAGAGUCUUCAUCCAGUGGAGUGUGAUGGAAAAUAUGACUAUGUGGUACAAUGUAACGGACAACAUGACUGUAAGUGGAAACCUAGAAGGUCGUAUCGUGAAGGGACUGAAUCCUUACACAGACAUAGUUUUUCGAGUGAUUGCUGAGAACGUUUAUGGAUUGAGCGAGCCAAGUAAUUACACAAAAGGACAAACGUGCAAAACCCCAGCUGACAAGCCUUCUUUCUGUCCAAUUAAUGUGAAUGGAAGCUCAAUACGUCCUCAUGAUAUUAGAGUAACUUGGCAGGAAGUUCCAAAACUGCAUCAAAGUGGCCCGGGAUUCGGUUAUGUAUUUCAAUACAGAAAAUCUGGUCUUCAAAUAUGGCAGCAAGAAGUUCUUCCAGUUGGCAGUGCCCCGGAGUUUACCAUCAACAAUACGGCUCCGUCAGAGUUGUGGGAAUUUCGCGUACUAACUUACAAUAGCGAAGGAACAAGUGGUGAAUGUCCUACGACGCAGGCGCAAUCGGGAAAGGACGCAAUGAUCAUCUUCACAAAACGACCUCAGAACAAGACAGAUGUGAAGAAAGGAGAAAGCUUCUCACUAGAAUGUGAAGCUUACUCCAAGCCAGAUCUACCUAUCCAAUAUAAAUGGUUUCACAAUGGAAAAGACUUGGGAAAAAGCAAUCAAACAUUAAAUGUGACUUCAUCUCAACUACAAGAUAGCGGAGAAUAUAAAUGUCGAGCGUUUGUCAAGACGAACAUUUACAAUACAGGAAAAACUUCAACGGCCCUCGUCAUUGUAAACGGUCCUCCAAAUGCUCCACAAAAUUUAAACAACAAUGGAGGAUGCCGAAACUUCACUGCUAAUCUUACUUGGACAUUAUAUCUCAACUCUUAUCACACUGUGGACAGAGUCUUCAUCCACUGGAGUGUGAUGGAAAAUAUGACUAUGUGGUACAAUGUAACGGACAACAUGACUGUAAGUGGAAACCUAGAAGGUCGUAUCGUGAAGGGACUGAAUCCUUACACAGACAUAGUUUUUCGAGUGAUUGUUGGGAACGUUUAUGGAUUGAGCGAGCCAAGUAAUUACACAAAAGGACAAACGUGCAAAACGCCAGCUGACAAGCCUUCGUUCUGUCCCAUUGAUGUUAAAGGAAGCUCAACGAAUCCUCGCAACAUCAGAGUAACUUGGAAGGACGUCCCUAAACUGCUUCAAAACGGCCCAGGAUUUGGUUAUAUAUUUCAAUACAGAAAACCUGGACGUCAAAUGUGGCUGGAAAAAGUUUACCAUUUGCAACGCCCCGGAGUUUACCAUCAACAGCACUUCUGCGUUAGAGUUGUGGGAAUUUCGCGUACUAACGUACAAUAGCGAAGGUGGAAGUGGUGAAUGUCCCACAGCGCAGGCGCGCUCGGAAAGUGACGCAAUAAUCAUCUUUACAACACGACCUCAGAACAAAACAGAUGUGAAGAAAGGAGAAAGCUUCUCCCUAGAAUGUGAAGCUUACUCCAAGCCAGAUCUACCCAUCAAAUAUAAAUGGUUUCACAAUGGAAAAGACUUGAGAAAAAGCAAUCAAACAUUAAAUGUGACUUCAUCUCAACUACAAGACAGCGGAGAAUAUAAAUGUCGAGCGUUUGUCAAGACGAACAUUUACAAUACAGGAAAAUCUUCAACGGCCCUCGUCAUUGUAAACGGUCCUCCAGAUGCUCCACAAAAUUUAAACAUCAAUGGAGGAUGUCGAAACUUCACUGCUAAUCUUACUUGGACAUUAUAUCUCAACUCUUAUCACACUGUGGACAGAGUCUUCAUCCAGUGGAGUGUGAUGGAAAAUAUGACUAUGUGGUACAAUGUAACGGACAACAUGACUGUAAGUGGAAACCUAGAAGGUCGUAUCGUGAAGGGACUGAAUCCUUACACAGACAUAGUUUUUCGAGUGAUUGCUGAGAACGUUUAUGGAUUGAGCGAGCCAAGUAAUUACACAAAAGGACAAACGUGCAAAACCCCAGCUGAUAAGCCUUCCUUCUGUCCCAUUGAUGUUAAAGGAAGCUCAACGAAUCCUCGCAACAUCAGAGUAACUUGGAAGGACGUCCCUAAACUGCUUCAAAACGGCCCAGGAUUUGGUUAUAUAUUUCAAUACAGAAAACCUGGACGUCAAAUGUGGCU